AUGCCAUGGCGGAAAAAGUGGAUUGACCCGGCAGAUUUUGAAGGCAAGGAAGAAGAGCUCGGACGCGUGCUGUCAAAGAGGGCGUACGAAGUCUGGGUGUCUGAAGUUAUGUUACAGCAAACACGAGUAUCGACAGUCAUACCGUACUUCAACAGCUGGAUAGAGAAAUGGCCGACCGUACAAGACCUUGCUGCUGCGAACCACGACGACGUUCUCUCCGUCUGGAAAGGCCUAGGCUACUACUCGCGUGCAACCCGCCUCCAUGAAGGCGCCAAGCAGAUGACGUCUGCCCCGAGUGCUUCGGGGAUAAUUCCCAGCGGUGCGGCUGAGCUGCAACAAGUGCCAGGCAUAGGCCGAUACACGGCAGGUGCAGUAUCUAGUAUCGCGUUUGGCGAACCCGAGCCUGUACUCGAUGGCAAUGUGGCAAGAGUGCUAAGCCGGCAGCUGGGCUUGUACAUGGAUGCCAAAGACAAAAAGGCCACGGACGUGCUGUGGGAUGUGGCAGAUCAGUUGAUCAAGUUUGCGUCCAAGCAUCCGGAACACACGAGAAGCGCUGUGCCAGGACUAUGGAAUCAAGCGCUGAUGGAACUCGGAUCUACCGUCUGUACGCCACGACCACGGUGUGACGAGUGCCCCGUGCAAGCAACGUGCAGAGCCUACAGCGAAGGAAAAGCGCUAUCUGAAAAGCGGCAGGCACCCGCUUCCCUGCCUGAUAUCGAGGACGCAUGCACGCUGUGCGCCUCUUUAGAUACCGAGGAUCUGGUUACCAUUCCCGAGGAUGCCACAGCAAACGACCCACCAAGAACAGCCAAGAAGAGAAAGACGGCCGCGAAGCAGACCAACACUAUCUCCAACUACUUCGCCGUCGGCACGCCCAAGCCCAAGGCUGAUACCGAGACUGACCAGGAGAGUGCCCAAGACCCGCCAGAUGAGGGGUCGAAGAAGCGGAAAAUGGCUGAUGCGGCUGACGACUUGAAGCCAGUCAUGAGCUACUGCUCUUUGUUUCCCAUGAAGGUUGCGAAGAAGAAGGCUGCCGAGGAAGAUUGCGUCGUGCAAUUCCCGCAGAGCACGCUAAUGGCGUCACAGACGACGUCCCAGCAGCGCAAGACAUUCGCCCAGCAAUACGUCGCAGGCCUUGAUCCAGGCAAAACCAAUAUGGGCCAAGCGCGCCAUGUGUCUUCUUUUGCGCCAUUGGUCCAUGUCUUCACCCAUUUGAAGCUCACCAUGCACGCCCAUCAUUUCCGCAUCGACGCCGAUAACGCCCUAGAUUUUGAGCCCCUCUGCAAGGGGCCGCCUACCCGCAAAUGGGUCGACGGCGCGUCCAUGGACGACGAGACGCUGUCUACGGGCAUGCGCAAGUGCUGGCUGCUUGUUUCGGGAGCACAGUAG